AUGAUAAAUGAUAUUAAGGAUGUGCAGACUUCAUAUAACUUGAAUCCUUAAAGAUUUGGAGCUUUGAAAUGUAGAUCUCAUCCUGACUAAUUUGUAAAUUGGGUAAGUUUAGAGAACGAUAAGGAGGCAAAACUAUUUUGUAAUUCCUGCUUUGGUAAAGAAAAAGACUUUGAUGUGAGCAAUUAAGACAGCUUUAAGAAAUAAAAUCAGCUAAUUGAAUUUAAGACAUUUUUAAAAAAUCUUUAUACUUAUUGCACACUUGAAGAUAAUGAUCCUGAUAGAUUUAGUUCUGAAUAUACUUAGUGCUUAGAUGGCGCUAAACAGCAAGAGAAGCUCAAACUAUACAUGUAAUCAGUUAGUUAAAUUAAGAAUGAUCUUAAAAAGGAAUUUACUAGGGAUUUUAUUUCGAAGAUAGAAGAGUUUUAAAAAGAAAUUGUUUUGCAAGUUGAAAAAGUUAAGUAGACUUUUCUCACUUUCUUUGAAGAGUAAAUAGACUUACUUUUUUCUAGAGAAACUUUAGCUAUUAAAUAAUUUAAAGAGCGUGGAUGUAAAAUGAUAUUAUCAGCAGCAAAAUCUGCAGGAGCUAGCACGUCUAUUUAAGAAGAGAUAGUUUCAUUUGAAAAUUUGUAGUAAUCCAUAAAUAGAAUGCAUGCUGGUAAGGUGGAAUUAUCUUAUGCUAAAGAACAUAGUCUAAAGGUAUUUAAGUCUUUAUUAUAGGAAUUUGAAAAGAAAAUAACUAAUGAAUCUCUUGAAGUGAUACAGAAGAACUUUAACAAAUAAGUUCCUGAAAUAUAAUCUUAGUAUUUAUUUACUCCUUGGAAGAAAGGAAAUUAAAAUGGUAACAAAACUAUCAAUUUCAAUUAUUUGUACACAAAUUCACCUUAAAAUGAUUUAAUAAAAUCAAAGAGGUAAUCACUUACCUCUACUUAAGAAAAUAAAAUUGCCAAUCUAAAUUAAUUGCAAACAAAUCAACCCUAAACAGAUUUGAUUAAAAAGAAGAGGGAGUCGCUAACAUCUACUUCAGAAAAUGCUAAAAUGGAUUCAAAGCGAAAUAUAGCCAUAUAAAAUCUACACAGUUAGAGCAACUCUAUUGAUACAAGCAUAAAAAAAUCUGGUUCAAAUACUUUUAUUAUUAAACCAAUACAUUAAGCAAGUAUUAGUUCAAGAAAAGAAUCUUCAGUUUAAUAAAAAACAAAUAAGCAAUCUGAUGAAAAUUACACUUUACAAAUUAACUUAAAAACAGAGACAGUGGGUUUAAAUGAUAUUAUCUCGCCUAAAAAUGGCUAUUUAAUUAAUAAUUAGACACCUUUUAAAUUUGAUACAAAAUAGAUAAAUCAAAUUUUAUAGUAGCAUUCUACUCCACAAUCUGCUCAAUUUGCUGCUUUCAGCUCUCAGAAGAAUUAAAAUGGGCAGCAAGAAAAUAUUUUCAGAGACAAUAAUCUUUUGCAAUCUUAAAGCACAAACUUAAAUAAAGAUGGCAAUUUCCUAUAAGUCAAUUUUAAUAAUAUAAAUAGCAUUAAUAACAAUAAUAAAUAAGCUACUAGCUCGUCGUUAUUUUAAUCUUUUUCAUCUACCUUAAAAACAAAAUCAUCGACAGUUAUCCAGCCAAUAGAAAAUACUUAAAACUAAUUACUUGUCUAAGAAAAUUAAAAAAAAAAAACAUAAAUAUAAAAAAAUAACUCUUCUAUAGCUUUUCCUUCAGAAAGCAUUUCAGGUUUUAAUUUUUAAGAAUAAUAAGAGAUAAUAGCCGGUGAUAGAGAAAAUAAAUAUUAUGUAUUAAAAAGCUAAAAUAAAAAUGAUUAAAUAAAUAUUUAGAGAAACAAAACCCCUAAAACUGGAAUUUAUUUAUCCCCUGUCCCUAAAGAGUAAUCAACAUAAUAAUUGACAACUUAUUUAAAUGUGAGUGAAAGAAAUAAUAGCAUGAAUAAUAAUUCUCACUCUCAAAUUAGAGAUAACACUGAAUUAGAAUCUGAAUAUUUUCUAUAAAAUAAAAUGGCUAACAACCAGUAAACUUUAUAAAAUCAAAUUAAAAAUGGUAUUGCCCCAGUUUAUACUCCAUAAACGCCUACAGUAAAUAAACCAAGUAGCUCUAGCGGCUCUAGAAUGAAAAGCAACAUAAUUAAAAACGUUUUAAUCACUAAUUCAACUAAAUAAAUUAACUAAGAAGUACUCAAGCACUCCAAAGAAAUAAUUCAAGAAAAAGCUUUUAAGUACAACAUUCUCCAAAUAGUUAGAAUCCCUUAUCAAGCUAACGUAGGCAUAAACUUCCAUGACAUGAGUAACUCAUAAUCAAAUCUAAAUGCUCCUCGUGCAAGAAAAAUAAGCCCAGAUCAAUAAGCAGAAAAUGGAAAGAGAAGCAAUUCUAACUCACCACCAAAAGAUUAAAAAGAAAAUAAUAUGGCUUCAUCGUAAGGUAUUGGAAGCUAUAAUAAAUUAGAUGACUCAAGUAAUUUUUUGAUUGCUUAACCAGAUGGAUUUGUUUGCUUAUAUAAUGUACAGGGAAGAAAUAUAAAUUAGAUAUUUAAAGAAAGAACUCACACGAAAUUAAAUAGCUUAGCUAUUGGAAGGACAGGUGGAAUGUUUUUUACUGUUGGUGAAUAACAGAAAAAUUCUUCAAUAAAAUUGUGGAUUUUUCAUAGCCAUUAGAGAUUUAGUGAGCUGGUUGAACUUAAAAUGGCAGAUUCAAAUAUUAAAAAAAUUUAUUUUAUCAAAGAAGAAUAUGCUUCACGUUUAAACAAACUAUGUUUUGCUAUUUGGACAUAAUAAAUUGUAGAAACAGCAAAAAGCGAAAAUAAUAAAUAUACUAAUAAUAAUUAAUCAUAGUAAUAAUUUUACACUAUCAAUAAACUUGGAAUUUGGAAACUAGAAUUUGCAGGUAAAAAAUUUGAAGGUGCAAAGAUGUUUAAUAUAUCUAGCGUUGAAUUACCAAUAAAUACUUUGGUGGUUUCAAUAAAAGAAGAUGAAAUGAUAGCAUAUACUAAGGAUACUAUUUAUUUAUAUUCUCUAACAAACGACUAUUCUUCUAUUCUCAAAUAAGGAAAUUAAAAAUUUAUAAACAUUAUCAAAAAGGAUACCUUAUGUUGUGUAAGAUCUUAUUAGUAGUCAAGACUGACCUAAAAAAAUUUUUUAGCUAUUUCAGAAUCUGGUGAUGUAUAUUGUUUAAAUGAGAAGCUUAAUAUUCUGCAAGAAAAAAGUGUUAGAGAUUUAGCACAGAAGCACAUUACGCUUGAAGAUGCUAUUGUUUAUGAUUAAGAUUGUGAUUUUCCAGAAAAUAAACGCUUUUUAUAUUUUUUUAAAAAGACAAAUACUACUUUGUAUGUCUUUGAUCUUGAAAAUCUUAGGGUCAUUGAAGAAUUGUAAUCUUUUGAUGAAAUUAAAAAUAUAUUUUUUUAUGGUGCUGGAUUUUAUCUUGGAUUCGAAUAACAAUUCGUCAGAAUAUGGAAACCUCUACCUUAAAAGCAAGAAAUAUUAGCUUCAAUACCAAUAUAUGAAGAAGUAUGA